CAUUACGAGGCAGGGAGGGGGUGCUACCUGUUUUGCAUAGAUUCUCACGCAAUCAAAAAAGCCACUAAAUACUUGUAGCCGGAGAAACACACCUAGCUUUGGCCAUAGGUGUCUGUAGGUGGUGGUGGUGGUUGCUGGUUUCCUUUGGUUCGGUGAUUUUUUUUUUUUGUGGGGGGUGUUUUUUUCCUUUCUUUUAUUUAGUUAAAUUUAGCUUAGUUUUCUUUUCCUAUCCUAACCAUGACGGCGAAUGUUGAUUAUUUGGUGGCGUUAUUUUGUACAACAUCUGGUACCAGUGGGAAUCAGUUGGGAUCGGACGAAAAGGAGAUCAUUCAGCUGGUCUGGCAAGUUGUGGACUUGGCGAACAAGAAGACCGGGCCAGUUAAUGAAGUUUUCGUGAAGCCGAAACACUUGGAGCUGACCGAGGAAUGUAAAGAACAAAGUGGGAUAGCGGAGGAAACGAUCUCUGCGGCAGAGCCUCUGGAGCACGCCUUAAACCAGUUUAUCCAGCAACUGAGUAAUGGAAUCAGUUUUGGGACUGGAACCUCGUUCUGUUUAUGUACCGAUGGUCAGCUUCACGUCCGUCAAGUCAUCCAUCCUGAGGCCUCCAGCAAGAACAUCAUGCUUCCGGAAUGUUUCUACUCAUUUUUCGACUUGCGAAAGGACUUCAAGAAAAGCUUCCCAGAGUCGGCAGAUCUGAAGGACUUAGACGUUCAGAGCAUGGCAGAGUAUCUGAACAUAAAGCCAGAUGUUUCAGUCUAUGGAUAUGGCUCCAAAAAGGUCCAGACCAUGAGCGACAUAAUCCUGGCACUCAUUUCAGACCCCCUGUGUUACAAAUUCUCCCUCCCGGAAGGAGUAAAUGAAAAAUUUGAGACCGGCACCUGCAGCAAGAUGGAGCGGGUGGACGACAACACGGUGAUCCGCGCGCGUGGCCUCCCCUGGCAGUCGUCCGACCAGGACAUCGCCCGUUUCUUCAGGGGCCUCAGCAUUGCCAAAGGGGGGGUGGCGCUUUGCCUGAACGCCCAGGGUCGCAGGAACGGGGAGGCGCUGGUGCGCUUCGUCAGCGAGGAGCACCGAGAUCUGGCACUCCGGAGGCACAAGCACCACAUGGGCAACCGCUACAUUGAGGUGUACAAGGCAACUGGUGAAGAUUUCCUCAAAAUAGCUGGUGGUACCUCCAAUGAGGUAGCCCAGUUCCUGUCCAGGGAGAACCAGGUGAUAGUGCGCAUGAGGGGGCUCCCCUUCACCGCCAGCGCUGAGGAUGUGCUGCUCUUCUUCGCUCCCGCCUGCCCUGUCACAGGCGGGAAGGACGGCAUCCUCUUCGUCAAGUACCCCGACGGGAGGCCCACGGGGGAUGCCUUCGUGCUGUUCUCCUGCGAGGAGCACGCUCAGAACGCCCUCAAGAAGCACAAGGAGAUCCUAGGGAAGCGAUACAUUGAGCUGUUCAAGAGCACCGUGGCCGAAGUGCAGCAGGUGCUGAACAGGUACACGUCUGCGCCCCUGAUCCCCAUAGCACCGGCCCCCAUCAUCCCCGUGGUGCCCCAGCCACCCUUCGCUCCCCCCCCUGGGGUACGGGACUGCGUCCGGCUCAGAGGCCUUCCCUACACGGCCACAAUCGAGGACAUUCUGGAGUUUCUGGGGGAGUUCACAGCUGACAUUCGCCCCCACGGGGUUCACAUGGUGCUCAACCAGCAGGGCCGUCCGUCUGGGGACGCCUUCAUCCAGAUGAAGUCGGCGGAGAGGGCCUUCCUGACGGCCCAGAGGUGCCACAAGAAGACGAUGAAAGACCGAUACGUGGAGGUGUUUCAGUGCUCGGCCGAGGAGAUGAACAUUGUGUUAAUGGGGGGCACCUUGAACAGGAAUGGCUUGUCCCCACCGCCAUGUAAGUUACGACGCCUCUCCCCCCCCUCCUACACCUUCCCCCCCCCCACGGCCAUCCUGCCCCCGGAGGCAGCCACUCUGUACCAGCCCCAGGUCCUGCUCGCCCCUCGGCCGGUCCAGCCCUCUCCUGCCUUCUACCCUGCCUCCACCCAGCUCUUCAUGAACUACACCGCCUACUACCCCAGCCCCCCAGGCUCUCCAACCAGCCUGAACUAUUUCCCCUCCCCCAGCAGUGCCCCCGCCCUGGCGGCCCAGCCCGGGGCCCUGGUGAGGAUGCAGAGUCUUGCCUACAACAGCGGCGUUAAAGAAAUCCUCAACAUCGUCCAGGGCUACCAGAAUCCCCCAGAGGCCGUGACUCUGGUGGAUAGCUUGUAUGCACAGCCUGGCGGCAGCGAAGGCCUGGUCGCUCUCCCGGCGCUCCUGUCAACCAAGCAGCCUUUGCAAAACCGAACCCACGGCCAUCUGGGGGGUCCCUUCCUGGACCUACAGCUGCUUUAAUCGGGCUGCUGACAAAUGCCGCCCAUUAGGGGGCGACAACAUUCACUUGCAAAGCUGAAAACGGCCCCUAUUCUCAACAUACACACUGGAGCAUCUAAAACAGGGACAUAAUUCUAUUUUCUAACUAGGAAGUAGUAUGUUUUUUUUUUAUCCUGUUGAAAAUAAUGCCUUCCUUAUGUAUGCGAAACGUAUCAAUUUAUUUAUAUAUAUAGUAGAGAUUUAUGUAUUUUUUACCAGUAUAAAUGUGGCUUUUGCCCAAUAGUAGCUUUUGUUUUUAAUUGCACACCUUUUUUCAAGCAUUAGUGAAAACGUUAAUAAGCAUUGUGUAGUGCGUGAGAUUGUAUGCUUGCCUUAUGUGUGUAUGAACCUGCGUAUGAAUGUUUGCCUUAGUUUUAUGAUUCUUUUACUUGGUUCUUGCAUCAUGUGUGUCCCUGUGUCUUUCGUCAGCGACUCGGCAGAGGGUGUGGUGAUGCUCUGUUAAGGCAGGCCUUCUGUGGGGUUAGGGUGGGGGGACCUUUGUACAGGGCUUAUGUGACGCUGAGGAUGUGGGAUCUUGACCCGCAUCCCACUGAGGUUCUCAUGAUUGUGCUGAUGGAGGCCAUCAUACUUGACCUGUGCUUUUUAUUUUCCAAUCAUUGCCUUAUUCCACACGCACACACACUGUGUAAAUGGCUCAGGAACAUAGCCAGCUGUGUUUUUAUGCUUGUAGGUUGACUGUAUUCACACUUAAAUUUACUCGUGUGUAUAUUCUGUUGUCAUAAUUAUACGCACGUUUUCUUUUUUUAUUUAUUUUAAAAUUUUUGUGACAUGGUACUUGCCAAUGCAUCAGCCCCUUGUUGUGCCUGCCAGCAUCACCUGAUGGGUGCAAAUGACACGAACUGACGCAGCUUGGUGUGUGCGUGCAGGGGGAGGGGGGAGGGGGCAUGAUCACGCACGCAUGUUGCUAGUGGCGAUGGGGUGCCAACCACUCAACACUCCGGCAGUGUGAAUUCCGACAGCGGCGGCCACACUGCACCAAGAAAACAAGAUGUUUACACGUUCUGCUGUGACGCAAAGCACUGCAGGUUUGGAAAAGAUAGUGUGGAAUAUACUCACUGUCUGGAUACAGGUCCUUUUUUCAUGCCUGCACUUUUUCGCCAAAAUAAAGAUAAAGCACUGUAUAUGAAACUAAGAACAAAGGAGGUCGUAGAUCGCAGCGUCUAUAUGAAGUGCAAACUACUGUUUUUAAUUUUUUUUGGUUACUUUUUUUUUUCCCUCUUUGCCUUGGACUUCCAUGUGGAGGCUGUGAAUUUAUCAAAGAGCUGUACAACUCUGUUUUUGUUGCUACACUGUGGAAAGGAGAAUAAGAUCGACUUAACACUAUGUUCAAUAUUCAGGUUCAGAGUAGGAUUUUUUUAUAUAUGCAUAUAUACACCCUUUAAACAUUGUGAAGUACAUAUUAUGAUGUGCAUGUUUAAAUUUUUUUAUAUUGUACUUCCUUACAAGAAAAUAGGAAUGUAUUGUGUAUAAUCAGUUAGCAUGAUGUACAUAAAUAUUGUGGUCAGUUCAUUUGAUCACAGCGUACUGCUGAAAUAGAGCAAGUUUUACUGUGUAGAAAUUGUGUUAUCCAUUAAGCGACGUAUUUUGUCGUUAAGUUUGUUGUUUAGCUGUAACUUCUCUAAGUCGGGGUGCAAAAGGCAGAAAUAUGUAAAAUGUUCUCGCCCAACCCUCUUAGACCUGACUGUAUGUAUUGGAUCGAAUGCUUAAAUUAACCCUUUGAAUGCAGAAUGUGUGAUUCCACAACACAAUAAAGACCUGUGCAGGCCAUGUGUAAUGUU